AUGGCCUUCCAACGCACAGCCUCGCCAGUCCUGACUAUGCCAUCCGGUGUGGCCCAUCAGCCCUUCGGCGCGGCUAACUUUGGCCACCAAACCACUCUAUUCAAUAACCUCGCCUCUGGUUCGGGCAUGCAGCCAGGGUUCGCACAAAUGCAAAUGGCGAGCACUACACGGACAAGCCGCAAACGGUCCAGAGACGAAGCUGGGGUCAAUCUUGACGUGGCCGAAGCCAAGCUGUCCACCGUUGAGCCUGUCAAGGAGUCCGAAGAUGGCUGGGUUUUUGGUCCUGGCAUGACCUUGAUCAAGAAGUCCUCGUAUGUCUCUGAGGCCAGCAGCCAAUCUGGCACUUGGUUGGAAGAGAAGGCCGCCGCGGAGAAGGCACGCAAGGACGAGGAGGCUCGUGCUGUCGACCAACAAACUCGCCCGUCAUUGAGAACCAACAAGUCCCAGCGCCUGGAUAUGACUGCCGUGUCGAUCCCAGAGAACGGCUCGCGCUCCAAUCGCUCAAGCCCCGUCCGCGACGCAGAGGCGCUCAGCUCAGCUGCCAGUUCGCAGCCUAGCAUCGACAACUUUACGCUGCACCUUGGCAUUGGCUGGAGCAGGCUCAGCCAGGACGAGCACAUCCAAGCCGCAGCUCGUGGAUGGGCUCGGUAUAUUGAGAAUCACUUCCCCGUUACCAAUGUGCAGAUCCAGCUCGAGAGUCGUGGCCUGCAGUCAUAUCUUGUCGAGGCCACUGAAGGUUAUUUUCUGUUCGCCGAGAACCUCCAGCAGGGCCAAUUCGUCAGCAAGGAUCUCAACCGCACCUUUGAGAACCUCCGCUCCAACCCUCCCGUUUUUGAAGGUGCAGCCCCCAUGUCUGCAGCUGUGUCCCCUUCACCCGUGGGGCCCACGAUACCUCAGCAGGCUGUCAAUGUCGAGUCUCUUGCCCACAGGCCCGCACCCAUGGUUUCGCAACCCGAUCGCGACAAGAACUCGCCGCCGUCGUCCUCGCUCACGGUCAGGGGCGCCCAGUCCGUCGUCUCCGCCCGCACCUCGACUUCACGCCCCUAUGCGUCUUCGAGGAGCAAGCGCUACAACAGAUCACAUGCCGGCGGCACUUCCUACGUCCCUCAGAAUGAGUUUCCAAUCUUCAACCACUCGGGCGAUGUCGAGAUUUUCAUCAAGGCCGGGCACGUCGAAAACCGGUACCUGCUGCAUCGCCACACCCUGACACGAUGCUCCGGCUUCUUCGAGGCUAGCACCAGCCGGCAAUGGUCCAAGGCCGCUGUGGUGCCGGCGCUACCAGAGCCGCCGACUCGGGACCUUGCGAGAAUAGGAGAGGACAGCCGUGGCGGCAGCUCAACUGAGGGUAGUGUUGUGGGAAGCACGAAUAAUAACGAAUUGGCACGAACAACGAAUUCCGACAGCCAAUCUUCGGAGCCGAGGAGGCGGUGGCGGUAUGAACUAGACCCGGGCACCGGAAGGGAUGACAUACCAAUGCUCAUCCAGAAGGAUGCCGAGCCAGCGCCCCAGGCUACAACCAAUCCAUCGACAGCAACUGGAUCUUUGUUCGGGGGCGGCAGCGGACGUACCGCGAACACCCCGGUUGUGAGGAAUCGACCAUCGGGACAUCAGCACACACACUCCAAUGGCUCGUUCUUCCGCUCUGUUGCAAACUUGUCACUAGUUCCCACAAGGACCGAGCCCGAAACGCCGCUUUCCCAAGCAGAAAUCGACCUGCUGCGCGACUACGAUAACUUGUUCAGAGUGUUCUACAAUUAUCCUCCCAUCCUGGACGGCAUCAACAUCGCAGAUGCAUAUGUCCAGUGCAAGUCCCUCCUUACGCUUGCAGAUCAGUACGACGCCCUCGCAGUCACUGGGCCCCGGGUCGAUCACCACCUGCUCCAGUUUCAGACCCGCCUCUGGAAGCAGAUAGCCAAAUACCCGGUCAGCUAUCUUCGGCUUGGCUACCUUGCACGUAGCAAAAUCAUAUUCCAAGAGGCUCUGAUCCACGUCGUCGGACAGUGGCCGGCAGGAGAGAGGAGCAUCAGGCAUGCUCUGCCAGAUUCAGUUCUCGACAUCAUCGAAGAUAAGGUGGACGAGCUCGAAGAGACGGUCUCUCGCAUCGAAGGGCGUUUGUUUAGGCUGACACUCACGAAUUCGCGCGGUGAGAAGACAAGCCCGGGUACCUCGUUCCUCGACUGGCUCGCCGUCUCCUUUUUCCGACAAUGGCUCGCAGACAACACGUCUGGGACAAGCAUACCCCAGGAACCGCCGUCAAACUCGGACCGACACCGUCCACGGGACCGCACGUCUGCGGCCGUGCAGGCUGCUGCAACCCUCCCGAGUCUUGCCAGCAUAGGCCGGACCUAUCGGACGCUUGGGUCCCCCAGCGGGAGUGGGUUCCUGGAUCACGACGAGUGCAAACGAUUUCUCAAGCUGUCACCAGAAUUGUACUCGAGGGACAACCUCCGGCGGUUCGAGAAGCGUAUCGAUGAGCUGAAGGCAGCCGCGAGGGAGAUUGUGCGGCCGCUAAUGGGCACGGGGCUCGAGCUCGAGAUGGACCGGGAGUCCAAUGCGCCGAGUCCGGACGGGCGACCCGCGCUUGCGGCACCACCCGUGAACAGCAUGACGAGCUACCUGACUUGCAUCCGCGUCCACGAAAGAGACCUCCCGUGGGAUGCAGAGUGA